UCCUCUGACAGCAGAUCAGGUGUGUGCUCAUAGAGGGUACCCCUCCAGGGAGAGGGAUUUUCUUGGAUUAACCAAAAGACACAUCAGUAAGUUCUUCAAGAAUGGCAGACCAUGUGAGGUUUCUCUACACUGUUCUUCUUUUCAUUUUGGCAGGAUCAGUCUCCUCCGAUCCCACGUCUGCUGCCUCGGGGCCCCACUCCACCUCCAUCCAGGGCCCCAGCGUCAUCACGGCAGGAGUCACGGCAGAUUUCACCUGCUCGGCCGACUGCACCCCGCCAUGCAACUACACCUGGCAGGCGUUUGGGGAGGAGGUGAAGGGUCAGGUUGUGACGUUGACCUCGAACGGUCUCACUUACAGCAUAGAGCUGGAGUGCACCGCCAUCAACCCCCUCAGCAACGAUUCCCAGACCAUCAACAAGACUGUGGAAGUGUAUGACCCUGUAAUGGUGGUACCGAGCACCAGCUCCAUCCCUGUUGAGGGCAAGCCUUUUUCAAUGAUCUGCAACGGCUCGGGUCCUGGCAUCACCACCAUGUGGCUAAAGGACCAAGAACCUUUCCCUGCUGAUCGCAGAAUGCAACUCUCCAACAACAACCGCACACUAACCUUCAGCUCUCUGCUGCCCUCUGAUGUCGGCUUCUAUACCUGCGCGGUGGUGACCAACAGCACCAUAAAAGUGUACAGCCGAGGGUACAUGCUGGACUUCGGAUCUAUCAAUGUGACCAUCCAAGGUCCGGACAGAGUGGUGGCCGGAGUUGCGCAGAACUUCACCUGUGUCGCCAACUGUAUUCUGGUAUGCUCCAUCUCCUGGACAUUCAAGCACUUCCCCCAGGGGAAGUUUCAGGCCAGCGGAGACACUAUCACGUGGACUCCAGCCAGGACCGGGUUGGUGCAGAACUUCACCUGCGUAGUGGAGAACAAAUACACCCGACAAACGGCCCAAGCCACCAAGAGAGUAGUAGUGAUUGAAUCUCCCACCAAAGUCCCUCCUACUCCCAGUGGCUCUGUGAUAGAGACACCCUCCAUCUUCCUGCUCUUCUUGGCCAGCCUGCAGCUGCUGUUUGCCCUCUCUGCCUAGAGGGGGCGUAUCUACACCACAAGGAAGUGGAAGUUGGCAGUCACAUAUUCUUCUCGAAGGACGGGGUACUGCCCAAGAGCCAAGGGGGCCCGGAAGCCCCAGCCUCUGUGCUACAAAAGAAUAACACUUUGUUAUUGUUCUACAUUUAUAUUUCGAUAUUGUGUUAAAAUUGCACUUUAAACCAUUGUAUUUUCAAACAUUUCUGUCUCUCUAACAUUUUUGGUAAACUUUCAAACCUUUUUGGGGGGGAUGUCUUGUUGCCUGGCCCAGGGGGCCAUGAAGUCCCUGCUCUGUCCCUGUUCUUACCUGAAUACAAGAGAUGUAUGGAUGUCACACACCCAAAUGUAGCUUUCAACAUGAACAACAUACGUACGAAUUACACAUUUUAUCAAAUGAUAUUAAUCAUAAUCAUUAAACUGCUUUGUACUUACAUUUGUAAAUCCCUCAGUUCAUUUGUUUGUAUAUACCCUGGCCAGUGGCCAAUUUAGGCCUACCUAACCUUUGUUAUGUGCUUUGGCCGCACAAACCCCUGCACAUGUCUAUUUGCAUUCUCCUAUGUGUAUUAUUAGCCAAACAUAACACUGGAGUGACAACAUAAGGAACAGUAACUAAAAAGUAACUACCCACUGUAGUGCAAAAACCUAACCCUAUACUGAACAAGAGACGUUUUCACUUAUACAGUGGUGCACAAAUAUACAGUACAGUCAGAUGUAGGGCUGAUGAUGAUGAUGUCCAAUGACUGUCAGUGCUGCAGACUAUUCAUUGAAAUGGGAAAAAACUGCAUUUUGACAGGUGGUUGUCAGGACUGAGACAGCCAUACAUUAAAAUGAAUGAAGCACAGCACAGUUUGCAAAGUUUUAUUUACACAGACUUUUGCACAGACUACAGAAUUGUAUUUCAAUGUCUCGCAAAAGCUCAAUUCUAAUGUCAUGUUUUCAUUGCAAAACGGUAUGGUGAAUGAAGAAUAGUCCCUGAAAAGUUGUUGUGGCUAGGCCGACAGCAGGGAAACUUUAUUGUUCUCUCCACAGAGACGGGACAUCAGCAAAACACGAGGCCACAAGUACAGAGCUUGCAUAUUGGAAUCCAACAUUUGUUCAGUUCAGUUAUGGCUUAUUUGAAUAGGGACAAAUACACAUCAUGUACGCUGUACAACAGCCUAACAGAUAAGCAUCAUAGCAUUUGUAGCCAUAGGCUAAUUUCUAAUGCCCGUCCC